AUGUCAGACCCGGAACCCCUCAAGGAUAACGACGAAGUGUUUGUUUGUGAGCAGACGCAGGAAAUUUUUAGCACCUACGAUGAUUACUUUAACCGGAUUAUGCUGUUAUCGUCAACUUCUUGGAGCUGCGAGAUGACGGGGCGGACAAAUCUCACGUACGAGGACGCUCUCGCAAGCGAAGCAGACGCUAGAAAAACGUUGAGAAAAUUUCCCACCGUUCUUAAAGGACCGAUACUACUAGUUGCUUCUCGCACGAAGCGUACCGCAAUCAGAGAUUUGGCUGGAGAUGUAUUCGGGUACGUGAAGGAUGUAUUUUUUAAAGGCGAAACAAUUGUCACAAAAUCGGGAGAAACAGAGACUCCACGGAAAGCGAAAAUUACUCGCGUAGCAGUUGCCGACACAUCGAAUGGUCAACAAGAGUCGCGGUUGACCUAUCAUGUCGCAGCCAACGAUAAUCAAUCCCCUGAAAUGUAUUCCGUUCAUGGAAACAUGGUGAUGCGUGAACGCAAUGUAUUGACUCGUGAGAAAUGCAAACUGUUUCUGAAACAACACGUCGAGCUAGGACCGGAUCAAAUGUUGUGCAUUAAGAAAAAAUCAUUGAUCUACUUCGUCACUUCAAAGGGCUGGACCGAAGAAAACGUGUUCUAUGGGCGUGUACCUACAUUUACUGAAUCAAAAAAACGGAAUUACGGAAAAGCUACCGAAAAAUCGAGCACAAAAGCAAAUGCAACAAAGAAAAAAAAUAAUCCACCCGACGCUAAGAACCUAGCCAAUAAGCCUGUCAAAAAACAGGAUUUAGUAAACGGCGCGAGCAAAAAUAAAAAUACGUCGAACAAAAAGCAACAGAGUAUAGCAAAGUAUUUACAACAACCGUCUGAAGACAAGGAAGCAUUGAGAGCUAGACUUGAAGCAGAAAAUAAGACACAAGUGAAAAAGGCCGAACAGAUUGCAUUGGUCAAAAAGAAGAACGAAGAAAUUAAGGCGCUCUUGUUACAGCAGGUCACACGUGCCCUGAAGCAGUACAGCGCCGUAAAAGAAGAUCAAGAGCUAACUGACCAGCGUGUGCUACCACCUUUACAUCCCGUGUGUUCGCAAAUUGGAGGAGCGCAUUUCUCCAACUUUAUGUUUAUUUUGGAAUUUCUGAGUACUUUCGGAGAUUUGAUCUCGUUAGAAACAAGGUUCCCAGAAGGUGUAACGAUGGACCUGCUCGAACGUGCGCUGCUGCAUCGUGAAGUGAAUGGUCCACUGAGCGACAUCUUGCAAGUGCUGCUGUGUGCGAUCUUCGAGCAGCAGAUUGAAGAACAAGAAGAGCAAACGAAUGAAAACUCAGGAAAACAUUACGUGAGCGGUUGGUGCUUUAAAUACUUAUCCACCAAAUUGACGGAUCUACCGAUGGACUCGGCCACGAUAACGGAGUUGCUGCGACUACAUUUUCUAGCAUCAGUUCAGCCCAACCAAAGCGAUGACCCAUGUUUUCAGGUGUUACGUUAUCAUCCUAACAUAACCCGAGUUCUAACAUUAGGCACUGUUUAUCACCUCUCCGUUAGUAGCGUUAUCCUACUGAUUUCUGCUCUCAUCCAUCAACUGCUUGUCAGUAGCAAGGUGCGCAAUAGAGUCCUUAAUGCACGGAAUGUUCGCGCCAGUUACAGCUUGAAUCGGAUCGAAAAAUAUCGAAUGCCACAUAAAACGGCAGCGUUGAAGGAGCUAGCUAGGGAAAAAAUGAAAAAAGAACUAGCAACGUUUCAAGGUCAAACGGCGGCAGAGGAUAUCGAGGCACAUCGGAAGCAGCUAGUACAAAAUCUAGAGGCCGAGGACUUACGAAUCGAAGCUGAAGCACGGAAACGAAUGAAGCAGCUUGAACACGAGCACCUAGAGCUUAUUGAAAAAUAUUGCUACUAUGAGGGGUAUCUUGGUGUGGAUCGGGGAUUCCGCAACUACUGGCAGUUUCAGUCGCUACCGGGACUAUUUGUAGAGCAUGACCGUGUCUUUGCAGGCCCUUGUAUGGAGCGAGGAACUAGCAAUAUACCUGCUUUGGCAAACUGUGAUGCGAAGUUACGCAAGAAAUUUAUCACCCAAUCGAUUAUGAUGUGCGCUGGAAGCGGUAAUAUUUUGCGGGAUGAUGUGAAGAACGAGAUGCUGACUGGAAAUGACAUAUUCGAACAGCUGCUGAUUCGUGGAACCUCUCAGAUCGAAGCAAAUAGUGCAAAAAAGAACAACUCCUUUGCAACUGCUAGAGAUAGAGAAAAAAUAUCACCAUUUCUGGCAGCGAAUUCAGUGGAAAAGGACAGUGGUGUAGAUGAUACCGCACCUUCUAAAAACAACAAUAUCCCUGUGAACCCUCCGACGAAUGAAGAAUUGUUCAUGUGUACUGGUCAACCGGAGAAAUGUCCCGUUCAUACACCAAGUCAUCCCAGCUGGGGAUACUACCACACGGAGGAGGAACUAGACGCACUUAUUAAAAGCUUGAACGAACGCGGAGUACGCGAGAAGCGGCUUCGUCAAUUGCUUGUAUGGGAGCGUGAGGUUAUCGUGGCACACAUGAAGAAAUGUCCGCUCGAGAAACUCUCCAUUUCGCAGCACGAAAACCGUGAGAAACACGUGGUGGAGAACUCGAGAAAGUCGCGUAAAAAAUAUAACGAUGCAAACUUCCAUCACGAUGCAGGCACCAACCCGAACGAAAUAUUCGAAUUGAAAUUUCGGGAUCUUUUACUCGAAUUAGAAGAAAAGAUAUCGGCCGGUUGUUUGGGUAAGCUGCGAGUAAACGAUCGCAACGCGUGGCGCGAGGCGAUCGUAAGCCGAUCAUACGAUUCGCAAAUCGACGGCCAACUCCAAUGGGGUACGAAGCGCAUAGAAGUUGUACAGACAAUCAUAAAUGCAAAGGAGAUGUCAAUGGAAACUGACGAAAUUGACGAGAUGGAAUGGAGGGACGUUGAUGUAGUACUGAAAGACAAACAGUUGUUCUCUAACACAACCGAUGCAGGAAACGUGAGUGAAACGAACCAGAGCAACGACGACGAAAGCAUUGCUGCGCAAGAUAGCGAACCAUCACCGGAUAUUGUGCGUUCGAUGGCCUGUGCGUUGCUACAGGUACAACAGUGCAUUGAUCCUAAAUUCUUUCGCUAUCCCUUCGGACCGAAAAUGAAUGUGAAAGUUCCUGAAUUGAUUACCACCAUGAAAUAUGAGGGUCAGCAGAGGCUCAUGUUUUGGGAAGAGGCUUUGAUGCGUUCCACGUCGUUUUCGCAACUAUUUCUGUACUAUCACACUCUGUAUGAUGGGAUCCAGUGGUCUAGGUCAAUUGAGCGUGCGUAUUGUAUGGUAUGCAAGCGUAAGGCAAAUCCAGAUCAGUUGCUGAUUUGUGACGAAUGUAAUCGAGCAUGCCAUAUGUACUGUUUGAAACCAAAACUGACUGGCGUACCAGCCGGUGAUUGGUUCUGCGAACGAUGUCGUCCAAAGAGUAAACGACAAGCAAAAAAUUCCAAUAAACCCAAGCGGGAUGUCAUCACAUCAGAAGAAGAAACAGAGGAUGAUAUUGAACUAGAACAAUCAGAAUCAGAAGAGGAAAUAAGAGAUACUAAAGAUGAGAUGAAGCAAGAAGAUGAUGAAAGAGAAGUUGAUUAUGAAUCGACUGCAACGGUCAAUUAUGAUACAGAUUUUGCAACUGAAAACCGCCGAUCUACUCGUAAACGUUCUGGUAUCAUAAAUAUAAACGAAGUACAAUCGCAGAAUAGCCCAGCUGCCAAACAUAUCGAGUGA